AUGCGUGAAUGUAUCUCUAUUCAUGUUGGUCAAGCCGGUGUUCAGAUCGGUAAUGCCUGCUGGGAAUUGUACUGCUUGGAACAUGGUAUCCAGCCUGAUGGUCAAAUGCCAUCUGAUAAAACUAUCGGAUAUGGCGAUGACUCUUUCAACACCUUCUUUAGCGAAACUGGUGCAGGCAAACACGUCCCACGUGCAGUUUUCGUUGAUUUAGAACCUACCGUUGUUGAUGAGGUUCGCACUGGUACGUACAGACAACUCUUCCACCCUGAACAACUUAUCAGUGGUAAAGAAGAUGCUGCUAAUAACUACGCUCGUGGCCAUUACACUGUCGGUAAAGAACUCGUCGAUCAAGUACUUGACCGUAUCCGUAAAUUAGCCGAUAUGUGUACCGGUCUUCAAGGUUUCCUUAUCUUCCACUCUUUCGGUGGUGGUACCGGAUCUGGAUUCUCUUCUCUUCUUAUGGAACGUCUAUCAGUCGAUUAUGGUAAAAAAUCAAAAUUAGAAUUUGCCGUAUAUCCAGCUCCCCAAAUCGCUACGGCCGUAGUCGAACCAUAUAACUCGAUCUUGACUACACAUACUACUUUGGAACACUCUGAUUGCGCUUUCAUGGUCGAUAACGAAGCUAUCUACGAUAUCUGUCGUCGUAAUUUAGAUAUCGAGCGUCCUACUUACACAAACUUGAAUCGUUUAAUCGGACAAAUCGUAUCAUCUAUCACCGCAUCAUUGCGUUUCGACGGUGCCUUGAACGUCGAUUUAACAGAAUUUCAGACUAACUUGAUAACAGCGUUAUUAGAUUAG